GAUGAGAUGGACAGCAGAUCAUCACACACACACACGCAUGUCAAGUUCAGAGCAGAAUUCUGGAUUUGACUCAAUAGUCUGGUCACUCCAGUGUCUGACUUUAAUGUCACAUUGUGUGGUGGCCAUGUUGGCUGGAAGGUUGCCGCCAGUGCCCGAGGGCCACAGACCCCCAGGGGCCACACAUGACAUUGCUGUGAUAUGAUUUAUUGUAAUACUGUUACUAUUUGGGAAAGUGCACCACUAAAGUAUCAACUGAUAUGAUGAGGGCCUUAAAGUAUUUCUAACAUUAAUUAUUCCUAACUUGAUAAGCGAUAACCAAUGUGUAAGUUGGGGGGGGGGGGGUACCUUUUAUAUAUUAUUAUAAUGUAACAGUCAAAUUACUUUUAAAAAUCUGCUUCAAAAUAUAAAUUUAGAGCUUUGGCAGAAAAAUUACGUGUUUAUGUAGGACCCUAUAAUGAGAAGCUUGAGAAAUGCAUGUAUUGGUUCUUUAAAGGUGCAUCCUGCUUUAUUACCAAACUUUGAGGACAUGAGAAUGUUUUAAGACCAGCGAUGUUUUGUCCUAUGUUGUGCUUACAUGUUCAAAGUAACACACAAUAACAUCUGGCUCUAUUUGAUAAUCUGCCGUUGGAACACAGUGCACACAGAUUGAGGGAGUUAAAUGGUGUUUCACAGAGGAACUCAAUUUUGCUCAAGGGCCCCCAGAUCGAUUAAUCCAACCCUUACCACGACAUAAUACAUCUGAGGUACCAUAAACAUCAGACACUUUAUUCCAACAUUACUCAGCCAAUUUGUCUUCUACUUUUAACAAUGACAACAUGCAUGUCUGAAAAGAUUUCAGAGAGAAAGCAUGACCAGGGAAAAUGUACAGUCAGGUCUUAAUGGGUUUACGGGGUUACCAAGGGUUUUAAUUGUGUAGAUGAACAGGAAUAUACUUUAUCAAGCAUUGUUUUCUUUUCUUUUUUAUUAUUGGUGAAAAACCUUGCAUUUGUUCGUAAAUCAUGUUUAAAAAAAUCCAAUAAACAUGUUACAUAAAGAUUCGUCUUGGAUUGUCUGAUGUAGUGAAGUAACAAUGCACAAACCAGAUCAGUUUUUUUUUUUAAAUACCAUGUUUUUUUUAUGACUACUACAAAGCCGAACAAAGGGCCAAUUUAACGCCUAAAUUGCACGGGGUAACUCGCAGUCACAUGCUGGCCAGCAUGAUAAAUGCAUUCACAUUGGAGUCAACAGGGGGGAAACCCGGGCAGUGCUGCAAAGGAAGCGCUUGGUGGAAACUGGAAACUCGUGUAGCGAUCGAUUGCUACUGUCUGAUCUCUGUGAUGUAAAGAUGGAUGCCUGCCGAAAUAGCCCUGUUCUGGCCAAUGCUUGCUGCACUACAGCAUGACCACAGCAGCGUCGGCUCAUCUGGUAGUUCUGGCAAAUGAAAAUGGAGGAGGUUUCAAUGUCCAGCCUGGACAACAGCAAGCUGGAGGGCCUAGCUCAGGACAUCCUGUCUGACCUGGUGGAGGAUGCAUGCCUGGGUCUUUGCUUCGAGGUCCACCGGGCUGUCAAGCAGGGCUAUUUUUUCCUGGAUGACACGGACCAAGAAAGCAUGAGGGACUUUGAAAUCGUGGACCAGCCGGGAUUGGAUGUGUUCGGCCAGGUGUACAACCAGUGGAAGAACAAAGAGUGUGUAUGUCCCAACUGCAGCCGAAGCAUUGCUGCCUCACGCUUUGCCCCGCAUCUGGAGAAAUGCCUGGGGAUGGGACGCAACAGCAGCCGUAUAGCCAACCGCAGAAUAGUCACCGGUAACAACACCAACAACAAGUCAGAGAGCGACCAAGAGGAUAAUGACGACGUCAAUGAUAAUGACUGGUCUUACGGGGCAGAGAAGAAAGCCAAGAAAAGGAAAUCUGACAAGAAUCCAAACUCACCCAGAAGAUCUAAGUCAUUCAAGCAUAAGAGCAGCAUGAUGGGUCCUAGACGUCGCAUGGACAACCAGGAGAGUCCGCGCAUGCUGAUGAAAGAUGAGGCCUUCCCUCAAUAACGCACUCGGCCACAAACACACAUUCUCUUGCCAUCGUGUGUGCACAUACACACAAACGGGCACACAGUAACACUCAACGGGACUCAACGGACGUCCAUGUUACAGGUGACAUUCAUGGCGUUUGCUGCUCUGCAGAAGCAGUCCAGACCUCCCACUGUAUACUUGACAGAUUUUCUUUUUUUUCCACAAAAUCAUCGAACAAACACUCGUUUUUUUUUUUUCUUUUGUUGUAGUAAAUUUUGUCUCUGAUUUUUUUUUUUUUUAAUCUUUUUUUGCUGGAGUCCAAAAUAAUGAAUAUCACCAUGUACGAUUUCACUGCACAGAGGUAGCUUCUGGUGUCAUUCAUGCAGCGGCAGCUGUGUGAAGAGUGAACGUGUGCACAUACACUAUGUUGUUUCAAAUACAGAAAGGAUUAGGCAUUAGGUGUACUUCUAUUUCCUCACCUUUUUAAAAUUGCAUUCUUUGAAAAAUAUUGUCAAAGACAAUCAUUACUAAUGGUUUGUCUUUUAUUUUAGCAUUCGCUGCAGGCUCAUAGUUCUCCAGUUGAAUCACAGCACAGUGUUUGAGAGAGAAGCAACCCUCAGUUUGUCAUUCACCUGUGAAAACUUGUUUAAAAAAAAGAAGUUCAGUAAAUGAACCCUUCAUUCUACAAACAGGUAUUUUCUGCAGACUGCAGGUUUGUUUCGUUUCAUUUCAUUCUCGGUGGAUUUGUCGGCUUGUUUUCUAGCGUUUAAAAAUGUCUUUGUAUCAUGUGUUUACAUUGUAAAGGGUUACAUAUAUCUUUGGUGUGAUGUGAUAGUGUAAAUAUUCCAAUAGUUGAAUUGCUGCUAUCAUGGCUCAGUUUGUUUCUUCUGUGUAGCAUAAUAAAUGAUUUGUUACCUGUCGUUAUGUCUGGUGGUAACUUUGGACUGAAUGGGGGGUUUGAUCAUAACUCUGCUCAGGUACUUACGAUUGAAGACCAAAUGGCCAACAGGGGAUGCUGUUGAUCAAAAGAAGAGGACGAGAGAUGCUUCAGUUUUUAUUAUUUCAAUACACCUCUCUUGUGAGGCUUGCAUGUUGCUUUGUGAAUGUUUUUUUCCCCCAGGGAUUUGCUGUUGUAGAUAUUAUUCUUAGGGAACUAAGACAUGGUAAACAAAAAAAGUUCACAGUUGGAGAUUUUAAUCAAAGGAAAGUGUUGCGCAUCGAGUUCUCUGAACUGAAAACUGCCACUUAUGCUGCCUUCAUGUGCUCCUCCUAAACUCCGAUAUCUGAGCUCUUAUUCAUUUGUGUGUUGGUGGUCGUUAACGCAGGCUAAAAUAAUGUAUCUCAGAUGCAUCAUAUGAUGUAGACAGUGUUAUAUAAAGAAUUUGAGGAGUCUUUGUAAA